AUGGGUUACCUAUUAACGAUAACGUGCUACAUUGCAUCAUUCUCACCAUCAAUCGCUCUGUUCUACUCGUUUAUUGCACAUGAUCCUGUCCGAAUUAUUCUAUUCUUCUUGGGAGCAUUCUUCUGGUUAGUAUCACUUCUGAUAUCAUCACUUGCCUGGUUUGGACUCUCUUCAUUUCUUCCUAAUACGUUUUUGAUUUCUCUCACGUUUUGUAUUAUAGUUCAAGAAUUCGCAAGAGUGGCCUACUUUGCGUUGUUGAAAAAAGCACAAAAAGGACUCAAUAAAAUCACACGGCAAGGUCAAAUAUCAGUAGCUCCGGGAGUGAGUGAUCUACAUAAUGCUCGUCAUAUGCUAGCUCUUGUCUGUGGUCUUGGAAUGGGUGUUAUCUCUGCUUUAUUCUAUACAAUGAAUGCAUUUGCCGUAUUUUCUGGACCCGGAACAAUUGGAUUACCACUUGCAUUGGAAACUGGAGAAAUAGAUCCGAAUCGAGCUGGAAAAUAUCUUCCAUUAUGCUAUACAUUAUCUGCAAUUCUUCUGUCACUUUUUCAUGUUACGUGGACAAUUAUGGUUUGGGAUACGUGCCAUAAAAUUGAUAGAAUUCCAUCGGCAUUCGUACCGGCAGCAGCUGCUCUCAUAUCCCAUUUAUUGGUUGCGUUUUUGAGUUCUCUCAAUUCACGUGGAUUCUACAUCGUCGUAUUCCCUGUUCAAUUCUUGAUUCUUUUGAUUUGUAUUGCAUACUGUAAUGUUAUAAUGGGCGGUACAAUCUCAUCGUUUAUCAACGGAAUCGGACAAUCCAUCACUGAUGGAAUAACUUUUAAAGGAAUUCGUACUUUGAUUGAAGAGAGGAAAAUGAGAACUCAAAGACAGUCAGUUCCAGAUGAACCGAUGACUGAAAGAGGAGGAACUGCAACUGAAGGAGAGGAAACUAAUACUGUUGAUGCAUGA